UAAGCAGGAUAAAAUAGCGAUGAAGCUCAUAAUUUUCUGAUUUAUUUCAAGCUCAAGCGUAAGAGAUACUUGAUUUGUACUUUUGAUCUGUUGCAUAUUGGAAAUUUCGACUAUGAUGCAUGCAGAAGAGAGUGGUAUCUCAAUCAGAAGAGAGUGAUACUUAUAUGAAGAAUUAGUUGGGUAGGUAGAGGUUAUUUCAUGUUACCAAGUCUCUGUUUUAGUGAUUGAGUUGCGGUGAAUGAAGCUAAGCGGAGUGGAUUCACACCGUGUACAAGUUUUGUGUUUCGGGAUGACGUAGGGAGAGGGAGUUCACACGAGGAAAGAAAUCGGACUUUUCGCUAUAAGCAACCCCCUCCUCCUUCAGUCAUCAAAGGUUGUUCAUUUUAACGACAUCGUGAACGGUUUCUUCUUUUCACCGAUAAUUGUCUCACUCAUCGUAUCUGGGUUCCUAGAAAACACUAUCACCAGGCAUGUAUCCAAGAAAGAAAGGGAUAUGCCGUAGAUGCGGAAGUUUCGAGUCUUCAACUAUGAUCCACAUAGUCAAGACACAUUGCUUACAAACAAUCGGGAGGUGUCUUACAUGUAAGACUUGGGUUCGAGUUCUAGAAGACAUUCAGGAAGAGAACUCUUUGAACUGGAAGUAGCUGAAUUUGAUCCGAAAGGCGAUCACAUGCUGUGUCAUUGAUGCCACAAGUCAAGAAUGAGUACAAACGACAUUGCAUACAAAAGAUUUGGAGCUACUACUAGGGUGGCAACCACGGUGAGACGGUGGCAACCUCGGUGGCAAAUUUCCUAUUGCCAACGCCACUUUUAAGGCCAAUACAAUCAUUUUGUUUCCAGUGAUCGUAAGAUUAUUUGUACAAUCACUGGAAACAAAAUUAGUUUUGUAAACACGAGAGUGGUGUGUAAACACGAGAAGUGAAGCCCGUAAAGAUUUUGCUACGGGACAUGGAAUUGAUGCAGCGCCUGGUUAGGAAACGGAAGAGUUUGAGGAUGGGUGGCGUACAUAUAGUCACUUCGGUGGUGUAAAUAUAAUUGUUGGAUUAUUUAUCAACACGCCUGAUUGCCGAGAGUAGUGCUGCGAGAUCACUAGUUGUGGAGCUCGGAAUCAGCACAACGUGGAACAACAUGGAGUUUUAUGUCAGCUUCAAACAAAAGUGCUGUUGGAGGAGUGAGUGAUGAGCAUUCUCGUCGCGUUAGGGUUACUGUGUUGUCCUCUUUUGAAUUGGAAGGCCGUGUUUCCCUGUCGGCGAUCUCUGAAGUGAUUGUAAUCGUUGGUGUGGUCUAUUGUACACGCUGCUGUGGGAAUCGAUUCGGCAACACCUGCUUGCAUUUUUUGUUACUGAGAUUCGAAGAAUAGUGCACUGCAUGUGUUUUCAAGGCUACAUGAAAUGCCGCCGAAGCAAUCAUCUAUUUCUCAUUCGAGGCAAUCCGUUCUACUACCCGCGAAGAAAAAGCAGAAGAACCAAGACCGAAGCCGGUUUUGUCCGUGCCCUGUUUGCCACGUAUCGUUCCCUACUUAUUUCAUACAUGAGCAUGUCAACCUUUGUCUGGAUAGUCCUGCAACUGGCCAUAAUUUUCCGUCGUCCCCUUCCUCUAGCCUUCCGUCUUCCUCUUUACUCAAUCCGCAGAAAUUGCAUCUGAUCAGUAACGAUUCCGGUCGGAUAUGCUCGAAUAUGGUUGACGAGGAUUCUGUUUCGAGGGAGAGGGUCGAAAGUUUCCCAGCCGAACAGGAUUGCACCAAUUCUCCACUUGCAUUCCUAAACUCUACAACAACAUUGAUCUCAAAUGGAUCAUCCGGAGAAAAUAGUGAGCUUUGUGUGUUGGGUAAUUCUGCAGAUGAAACUGUAAGAGAGAGAGACGCUAAGAUAUUACAGGAUGGAGCAUUUUACUCUUACCAGAACACAGAAGGCUGUCAUCAGACGAAUCGCCUGAGUUCAGAAUCCGGUUUUAUUCAGAAUCCAAAAGCUGCCGAAUUCCUUGCUCCAGAAUUGUGGCAAAGGGACCAUUUCAAUUCUCACCGAAUGGCUGACUCAGACAAAGGAAUAGAGAGGGAAACGCAGAAUGGAGUUACCUACCCUGGAGAAGAUAUCUCUGGGGAGCGGAGCUUGGUUUUGCAGAUAUUCCAGGUCCAACGGCAAAGUCAAGCUAAGCUAUCUAUGCUGUGCAAGUUUCCGAUGACAUCUGCAAUGGAGCGGAAGUCCACGGUCACUAUACUGCAACCUGGAAUGGUCCUACUGCGGAGUUGGCUCUCUUUGGACAUUCAACAGAGACUUGUUAAUGAAAGUCAAAGUGCUGCCCACUUGUUCAAGCGACCUACAACAGCUAGUGGGGGCAAGUAUCAUCUUUGGCAGAUGGCCUUCGGCUGUUCGUGGGAUUCAAAAACAAGACGCUACGCUGCACCAGAGCGGGGUCUGCGGUUUCCAGUCUGGAUGUACGACCUUGGAAGAGAGCUUGCAUUUGAUGCACAGAAACACACCCCUGUCUAUGCUCAAGGUUCAAACUUUGAACCUGAUGUAGCACUUGUGAACUUCUAUCCUGCCAAAGAUGAAGAGCUUGGGGUGGUGGGACUGGGGGGUCACCAAGAUCUGGAUGAUUACUGUGACAUGCCUGUGGUCAGUGUCAGUGUGGGAGACAGCAUGACAUUUUUCUACAGGCGGUUCCCGCCUCAAAGUCGACGUAAAUCUGGAGUUCAGAUUAUCGUUGAUGAAUAUGCUGCACAAUGUUGCAAGGAUGGUGAUACAGCUCAUAACAGUGAGAAGAAGAUUAUCUUAGCGAGUGGAGAUGUGUUGGUUUUUGGCGGAGAAUCGAGGCUGGUGUAUCAUGGAACACGCUGUGUUCAACCUGGCACAAGGCCGCCAGGCUUGCACAUGGCACCCGGUCGUUUGAAUUUCACAUUUCGACAAUGCAAUGCACCCAUGGCCUAAUUACUGCUGUCACUCAUGCUUUGAUUGCAGAGCACACACACACAGGACUAGGAAAAUAUUGUAUAUAUGCAAACGCUUCCUUUCAUUUGAAGCUAGGUGUUAGUCUCACAUCAUACACAUACACAUUGAGCAUUCUUCAGUGUUUUAAUCUGUGAGGUUUGAAAUCCAGUUUCGUAAGAUUAGCAACUGGGGAUCCUUUGAGGAGAACAAGUCAGCAUCUCAACCUUCUAUAGAUUACCAAGUUCUGGCAGAGAAGUUUAGACUUUGGUUCGAUCCAGAAUCUCUAAUUCGAUCGAACUAAGUUAAGACUAAAGUUCUAUCCAAUUCAGCUGGAAUGUAUGCGUGCAUUAUUAGUUUUCACUCUUGUAACAGUUUCAUACCAGAAAUAUCACACAUCAACUAUUUUCUGGACUUGAA